GUGAUACGAGACGUAACGCACGACAAGCCUGGACAAGCCGGCGUGCGAGCGGUGCGAGCAACACGUUAAUUGGGCGAGAGUUACGGCAAACGUACUAUAAACCUUCUCUCUACCCCUCAUUGCGUCUCAUCGUCAACCCAGAUCUUCGGCUGGACUCGGCUCGGCGCGGCAGAGCCGGCUGCUGCCGUCGCUGUCUCGUGCUCGCUGGCGGUCGUUCCGGACACGAGAAGGCGCUCCGGUCGCAUGGCCGCCCUCAGUACUCGCGAGCCUCGCUCGGUGUGUGUUUCGUGGUGUGUUUGUCGUCGCUGUGACUGUCGUUCCCAGUUCUCCCCGGCCGCCUGUCCCGCAUGUCGGUCGUUCUCAGCGACGCUCGCAAUUAAUUCCGUUCGCGAAAUCCGUCCCGCCUGAAUGCGACGGCUGUCUCGUCGCGAUCCCUCCGUCGUCGCGGACAAUAAUCUCUCGUUUUCUCUCUCUCUCACUUCUCUUUCUCUUUCACUCUCGCGCGGACAGGAGGAGGAAGAGGCGGCGGCGGCGGCGUCGUCCGUUGAGUUCGUGUCGCUCGGGCGGCGCGUAUCCGUGUGUCAGUGUGCGUGAACAGUGCGUAGUGUAUACAGCAGCAGCAUCAUCGGUGCCGUCGACGACGAGGAAGAUCGCUGGGAUCACUCUCCGGUUACGGACGUUUCCUUCCCAUCCGCGUGGACUCCUCGCGGCGGCGGCGGCGCGGAAUUGUUCACAUUCGGAGUUCGGAGUACUACGCGCGCCGCUCCCCCGUGUGUUUACGAUCGUUGCGUCCUCUCUAUCGCUGUCUCGCUCUCCUCUCACCUGCGCUCCUCGCUCGCCUGGCGUGCGGACAGGUGUCGCGUGGAAGCCAAACGUAGGAGAGAGCCGACGCCUGGUUUCUCUGGGUUCUCUGUGAUAUUAAACGUCGGGUGGCCUCUCGCCGGUGGCCACGACGCUCUUCCUCGAAAUCCUGCCGAGAUAAAACGAGCCCUCCACUGCCCGUGUCGUCGUCGUCGUCUCGUCGUCGACGACUGCCAAAGAGGACGCGACUCUCCUUCAGUCAUCAACAUCGUCAGUCACUCUCGCGGUUCUCCGUGCGAGUUAUUUUCCAUGGUAUAUACGUGCCAAUCGUGUGUGGAAUUCCUUUGUAAAUAGCCAGCGAUUCUCCAUGAAGCCAGUUUCGAUUUAAACGACUUUUCGUACGUCCGUCUACUCUGAAUUCUGUGCCAUAAUCUCGAUAAGAAUAAAGUCGCUUUUCGCACCAAGAAAAGGAAGCUCUCUGUCUGGAAGAAGACAGUGCAAGAUAAUUGCACUGGCUCGACGUCUGUAAUCAAGGCUGGUCGAGCUGGUGAUAACGAGUGCGUCAUUCGUUCGAUAUAUAAUAAUAACAACAACCACGCGGUUAAACGAAGCUCGAGAGAUCACGCUCCAACUCAACGCACAAGUUUCCAAGUGGAGGCUGAAAGAUCUCUCGGAAUAAAUAGUGUCUCUUUGUCGCUCCGGGACGUUCAGAUGAGCGCACGCCCGGGAAUAAUCGAUAAUUCUCGAUAGUUGAUCGAGAACGACGAGCGGGUGAUCCCGAGGUAUCUCGAGGAUCAUUAUCGUCGUCACGGGAUCGCGUCAGGAGAAGAGCUUGAGCACGUGGGAGCCGCGCGAAUCUCAUCGUCGAAGCCGUGGAGCCGCGAACGAGAAGUGGUGAACGACGACGACGCGAGCCGCCGAUCCCACGAGCAGGUGCACACCGGGAUGCGCGCCGCUUUGACAGGGACCACCCGGUAGCUCCGUUGCCGGCAUUCGUAGCGAUCCUCAGCCCGUGGCGCCGAAAGAGACGGGGUCGCUGCAAGGAUCGGACCCCAAGCGCGAUGUCCAUACGCGUGAGCGGCGUCUACCUGGUGCCCACCAGCCCGGGCAACGACAACGGCGGCAAUGACAAGACCGGCAUGGACGGCAGUUUGCAUCAUCAACAGCAGCAUCAUCAUCAUCAUCAUCACCAUCACUCGACGACGAAAACGGUGACGAUCGUCACGGCGCCGCAGCGUAGUAAUAGUUUGGAUUACCUCAACUUCGAGGAGAAGCGACAAAUCAUCGCGUCGUCUUUGUCUCUGAGUGACUUUUUGGCACAUGGACCGGCGGUUGCCAAGGAGGUGGCGGCGAACACGGUGAUCGCGAAAAAGCAAAAUGGUGCCGCUCUACGAACAAACAGUUUGGGUUCGGGUGCGAGAACGCCGCCCUUGGAAAGAAAAAGUAAAUUUUCUGCCCUCGGUAGACUCUUCAAACCUUGGAAAUGGAAGCGGAAAAAGAAAUCGGAUAAAUUCGAGGCCGCUUCUCUGUCGCUCGAGAGAAAAAUCUCAGUACGUGCCAGCAGAGAUGAAUUGGUGCAGAAAGGGAUAUUGCUGCCCGUGAUACGGUCAACAUCGUUUCCGGAAAAUGAAACGAUAAGCGAGUCGGCGAUGGACGCGCAAAAACCACCGUCACCGCAGCAAGCGUCUCAGCAACAGCAGCAACAACAACCGUCGCAGCAACAACCUCCUGGCGGUACUGUGAUUGGUGGUACCGGGGGUGGUGACGGCACCCCCGCGGCAACACCCACGUCCGCCGGUAACGUGCAGCAAUCCCAGCAAGCGGUACCCUUGGCCACACCGACCCCGACGACUGCCAACCCCCAUUCUACUGCAGGAGCCCCUAGCAGCAAUCAACCAUCGCCUCAUCCCUCACCUCUCUACCCCGUACUACCGCAGCAGGCCGGCCAGCCCAACGGUAGCACGCAAGUGGACAAGGGGGUGCUGGAUCAGAGCGCCGACAAUCAGCAGGUAAUCGAGAGGUGUUACCCGUUACCACCUCAGAAUACCCUGAUGCUGUCGGAGCUCCCAGAGCCGCCGAUACCGUUGAGCGAAAUCGGCCCUAUACCACCCCCGCCCAUGUUCAGCUCCCCAAGUCCUACUUUGUUAGCGAGACAACGGCAAAUACCGCUCUCGGACUGCGAGGACGAGGAUGAGGAGGAUGGCGACGUGGAAGAAGAGGACGACAAUAUGUACCUCUUCAGGAUGUCGCAGCCUGAUCCGGCGAUCGAUACGUCUCGUGUCGAGGAGAUACCGGCGAAAGAGCCGAAAUUCCAUGCCGUGCCGCUGAAGAGCGUCCUGAAGAAACGGGGCUCCGGAAGCGGGCCUGGCACGCCUCAAAACACUCCGACGCAGGAGAACAGGCCGCUGACGCUUCGCCAGGAGCUCCAUGCCUCAUUCAACAGUCGACCGGUCAGAUUUGGCCUCGCUCUACCCUGUACUCUGGAGAACAAGGAGAACGCGAGGCCUUACGUCAUCCGAGAAGAUGCGGACGGCGACUCCGGUGACGGACAAGUUCUCUACAGGGAUGAUUACGACGAUGAGAAAAGCCGUUUGGCAGCCAAGAUCGCACGCAAAGAAUCACUUUCGCUGAAGCUCGCUCUUAGGCCAGACAGACAGGAGCUCAUCAACAGGAAUAUUCUUCAGCUACAGACAGACAAUGAGAGGCAGGAGACGAAAGAGGCCAUCGGCGCCAAGCUUAUCAGGCGGCUGAGCAUGCGGCCGACCCAGGAGGAACUUGAGGAGAGGAACAUUUUGAAAAAGCAAAGCCCUGCCGAGGAAAAGAAGCAAAAGGAAGAGAAAAAACGUUAUCUGCUGCGAAAGCUGAGUUUCCGACCGACCGUUGAAGAGCUCAAGGAGAAAAAGAUUAUUAGGUUCAACGACUAUAUCGAGGUAACGCAGGCUCACGAUUACGACAGAAGAGCCGACAAGCCUUGGACGCGGUUAACUCCGAAGGACAAGGCUGCUAUUAGGAAGGAAUUAAACGAGUUCAAGAGUUCGGAGAUGGCCGUUCACGAGGACAGCCGACACCUCACCAGAUUCCAUAGGCCAUGACAAUUGCAAUGUGUUGAGGUGCUACAGUGUGGUGCGGGUAUACGUGAAGGUGCAGUGUGGUGGCUUCGUGUUGAGGCUGGGUGAAGAAGAAAGAGAAAAUCGGCUAUCGUUAUUUCCGGAUCUAAAGCCGGAACGCGCGAUACUCGUCCGAUCGUGACGGUGAUUUCUUUGACGUUGCUGCGUCGUGUCGUUCGUCGUUGUCGCCAAGCAUCAUCUACUGGCACUUCUUCCAUCAUCGUCAUUUAUACACGUCAACGACAAACGCCACUAUGACGUCGACGAAGAUUGUGAUAGGGUGACUCGCCGCCCCAUCGAAGAGGACUUGGCGGGUCGCUCGCCGAUUUCUUUUCAUAAGGGUCGUUCACACCCGUGCUUAGCCGAGCAAUUGUUUACGCUCUUUCCGACAUCUACUCAACUACUCUUCAUCUUUGUAUCUUCGACGCUGAUCUCGUUAUAGUACACGCGUCAAGGCGUUUGUAUUCUCAAGAUAUCUUGAAAUAUUCUUAAAACUUUGUGCGACAAAUUCUCAAGUAGGUACGCUACGCGCAAGUAUCUCCUGCAUUAAACGACAUCAUUGAAGCUUACAAAACUACAGAUCUACCUUCGGGUUCAGCUCUUGAAAGCUUUGCCGUUGUGAAAAUCAAAACGUUGUAUAGUAAAUAAGACUUUUUUAUCGAGACGCUCAUGUGUGUCCGGCACGUUUAAGCUGAAUAAGAUCGAAAGUCAUUUUUAAUUAUGUAUCCUGUCUCAUUCAUAACUGAUAUUUCUUGUUAUGAAUUUUUUAAAUUAUUUUUCUUCGUUGUACAAUAUAUUUAAGAAUUGAGGGACACACGUCUGUUACGAAUGUAUUUUAGCGAUAAAGAGAUUACGGUGGAAGCGCGUGUCACAUGCAUACCGAUGCAUGAGAAUGUACAGAUUCGCGUGAAAAUUAAUCGUGCUUAAAAUUAAGCAUGAGCGUAAUUCUAUAGACAUUACGAGCGCGCGUGUGAACAUACCCUUAAACAUGUAAACACCAUUUUGCAAUCAAGCUAGCUCAUCAGUGUCACCUGGCAUCGUUGUAUAUGUAAAUGUCUCUCAAGUUUCGAGCUAUUGUAACAAUAGAGAUAUGUGAUAUAUCUCAAUAUCACGAAAAAAAAAGAAUACUCGAACCCUGUAACGAUUAUUCGAGGAUCAAACGGGAGGUACAUCACAUUACAAGCGAUAUAUCUCGUAAAUAACGUCGAGUAAAGUGAGUUCGGUUUAGUUAAAAAAAAUGUUUUAGUAUUAAUAUUUUUAUACGUUGACGAAUGAACAGCAGAGAGUUUCCGCAAAAUCAUUUUUCGAUAUACCCCUCAUUUUUAAUGAUUAAGAUUCGGCUGACGUCCGAAAAUGUGAUUUACGAUAAUUCCAUGUUCUCACGAUUUUCGCGCGAUCCGCGUAGAGAGUAUUCAUUGCUUGGGACUUCACUAAUACUAUUGCGUGCAUAGUUCGUUAAGCUCUUCGUAUACACCGCGCGAGGAAUGAAAACAGUCAUUUAGUAUCUACGACAAUCGGUCAACUGUUCGAUCGACAAAACUGUUUUCCUUUACUGCCAGGUAUCACUCUCUCGUAGAGCUGCCUUGAGGAGCAAGCGCUUACGAUUAUUAUCUAAAAAAAAAUUAAUAUAAUUGGACGUACGCUUCGCGUGGGAAAUCAGAAAUGCAUUGUGCAAUUAAACUUUGUACAGGAGUAGGUAGCGUGUACAUUUAGUGAGUAUUAUUAUCAUUGUUAUAUCGAUAAUAUCGCUAUAGGGACGCUCUAUAGUCCUCGUUAAUUUCGAUCGCGUGCGCACUUUUCGCGGCAAUAUUAACAAAUUCAUUAAGAGAGCAGAUGCGAAGAUCGGUUGUUGUUCCGUAUUCGUUCAGUGCGAAUAAAUUCGUAAUGAAAUCUCGUUUAAAAAAA